CCAAAAACUGGUUUCGAAUACUCUCGACGUCCCUCUAUGAUCCCCUCCUUAAAACCGCUAAAACCCUGAUUUUAGGGUUUUCCAUUUUUGCUUCAACGUAACUCGAAUAUUUUCCCUCCAUUUCUCGCUAAACUUAGGCAAUUACUAUGUUGAUGUCAGUAGAACUACUUUAGCUGCAAUCUAUUGAGCGAAAUCUCCUGCUAGAUUAACUUACUCGAAGAUGCUAAUUCGAACGGCAAUUUUGGCGGCUUUCCUUCUUUUGAUGAUGGAGGGAAGGGCGUCGCUUUCGGCUUCUGGUCCUCACAUUGCUGAUGUUAACAUACUUUUGCCUCCAAAAAUGACGCAUCCUGUAGAGUACCGGCUUCAAGGAAGUGAUGGCUGCUUCAAAUGGUCAUGGGAUCAUCAUGAUAUUUUAUCUGUUCUACCUGAGUAUAACUUAACCAGCCACUGCUCAACGAGUGCUCGAUUGAGAUCGAUUGCUUCUUUCGGUGGUAGAAAGGAGACUGCAGUUUAUGCUGCUGAUGUACACUCAGGAAUCGUUAUUCGCUGCAAAGUUUUCAUUGACAACAUUUCCAGAAUUCAGAUAUUCCAUAAUUCUAUUAAACUGGAUUUGGAUGGUCUUGCUACUCUUCGCGUCCGUGCCUUUGAUAGUGAAGAUAACGUAUUCUCAUCAUUGGUGGGCCUGCAAUUCAUGUGGCAGCUGAUUCCUGAAACUGGUGAACUGCCCCACCACCUUGUUCAUGUUCCUCUUAAGGAGUCUCCCCUGAGUGAUUGUGGUGGACUAUGUGGUGACUUAAACAUCCAAAUAAAACUUGAAGAUAGUGGUGUAUUCUCAGAUUUGUAUGUGGUGAAAGGGGUUGGAAUUGGACAUGAAAAGGUUUCUGUGCAUUUGCUUGAGCCACAAUUCAAUUACCUGGCCGAUAAGAUUAUUUUAACAGUGGCAGAAGCAAUGUCACUUGAGCCUCCCUCACCUGUUUUUGUCCUCAUUGGUGCUGCUUUUCAUUACAGCCUUAAAGUUAUCCGUGGGAAUAUCCCACAAGUGGUAACUCUACCAUCUCCACAUCAUAAUUGGUCUGUUUUGAACACUUCUGUUGCUGAGGUGGGCUCAAAGAUAGGUUUUGUUCGUGCACUGUACUUAGGCGUAACCACUGUCAUUGUCGAAGAUACUAGAGUUGCUGGUCACAUGCAAAUGUCUUCGCUUAAUGUGGUUCUACCAGAUAGUUUACGCUUGUACAUAAUGCCAUUAUUGAAUUCCGGUGAUCCCGUGGAAGGAAUGAAAGCCUUCCCAUCUAAGGAAACUUGGCAUGUUGUUUCUGGGCGUCAAUAUCUUAUUCAAAUGAAGGUUUUCUCACGGGGACUUGAUGUGCAUGAAAUCUACAUUACAGAGAGUGAUGAUCUUAAGUUGCAUGACAAACAUUCUGGUCUUUGGACAACUUCCUUGCCAUUAGAGGAUAUUGAGGCCAAGUAUGGCUGGCACAAUUCUAGAAUACUGCAAGCAACUUCCCAGGGGCUGGGAGAGCUGACAGCUUCCUUAACUUAUUUUAGUGGACACCAGGAGACAAAGGAGGUUAUUGAGGUUGUGCAAGAAAUAAUCGUUUGUGACCAAGUGAAGUUUAGUUUGGAUAGAACAAGCGGUACAUCUCAGACUAUUCUCCUUCCUUGGGCCCCAGGUGUUUACCAGGAGGUGGAACUAAAGGCUACUGGAGGUUGUGGAGAAACAUCUAGUGAUUACGAAUGGCUUUCUUCAGAUGCGGCUAUUGUAUCAAUAUCUGCUUCAGGGGUUGUUCGAGCAAAGAGGCCUGGUAAAGCAACAGUCAGAGUCGUGUCUGCUUUUGAUUCAUUCAAUUAUGAUGAGGUGGUUGUUGAAGUUUCUAUUCCGUCAUCCAUGGUUAUGCUGCAAAACUUCCCUGUGGAGACUGUUGUAGGAUCACAUCUUCUUGCUGCUGUGACAAUGAAAGCAUUGAAUGGUGCCUUUUUCUAUCGUUGCGAUGCUUUCCAUUCAUUCAUGAAAUGGAAAGCUGGAAGUGAAUCUUUUGUUGUUGUCAAUGCAACAGAGGUGCCACCUGUUUUAGAAAAUCCAGGAAACGAUGAGCUGCCUGUUUUAGUUUAUGGUCCAUCAUGCUCAUGGACCUAUAUAUAUGCAUCUGCUCCUGGUCAGACCAUGCUGCAUGUGGUUCUGUCGAAAGAAUAUGACCACUAUGAUCAUUCAUUUCAUGGAACUGUUAUUUUGAAAGCAUCAUAUCGUAUUGCAGCAUAUCCACUGCUUGUUGUGCGUCAAGUAGGUGAUGGAAACCAAUUUGGUGGGUAUUGGUUUGAUUUGGCUCAUGUCGAAGCAAGUAAUCAACUGGAAAACCUGGAGAUGAUAUAUCUUGUCCCUGGAACAAGUUUAGAUAUUGUUCUUCUUGGAGGACCUGAACGCUGGGACAAAGGUGUUGAUUUCAUUGAAAAUGUGGAAGUAUUGGCUGACAAGCAUGCUUACACUGAGAAUGGGGUUCUUGUACGUCCAGUAUCUGAGGGAUAUCAGAGUGUGUAUAGAGUAUUGUGCCAAACACUGGGAGUAUUUAAAUUGGUUUUAAAACGUGGAAAUAUGGUUGGAGAUGACCACCCUCUGCCAGCAAUAGCAGAAGUUACUUUUUCUCUUACAUGUAGCAUUCCUUCUUCAAUUGCACUCAUAGUUGAUGAACCUGUUAACAGACAUGAAGCUAUAAGGACGGCAGCUCUUGCUGACCGCAGCACAGGGCAAAUCCAUGUCAGUCCCAUUACAGUGGCGAAUGGGCAAACUAUUCGGAUAGCUGCUGUUGGCCUUGAUGCUUCUGGAGAAGCUUUUGCAAACUCAUCUUCUCUUACUUUGAAAUGGGAAUUGACCAGCUGCGAAGGGCUAGCAUAUUGGGAUUAUGCAAAUGAAGCCAAGUGGUCUAAGUCAAGUUGGGAGAGGCUUUUGGUCUUGCAAAAUGAAUCAGGAGAGUGCAUAGUUCGAGCUGCUGCUGUUGGCUUACGUGAUAACGGAGAUAGUCAUUAUUUUACUCAGUUGCCAAUUUCAGGAAUGGCUCUUACAGAUGCUAUACGUUUACAGCUUGUUUCUAAAUUAAGAGUCAAUCCCGAGUUCAACUUGUUAUUUUUCAAUCCCACUGCUAAGGUAAAUCUUUCGAUUACUGGUGGAAGUUGUUUCUUGGAAGCUGCUGUGAAUGAUUCUCUUGUGGCAGAAGUUAUUCAAUCCCCACCAGGCUUGCAGUGCUCACAGUUGACAGUCUCUCCUAAAGGGUUGGGAACUGCACUUGUGACAGUUUAUGAUAUUGGGCUUGCUCCUACUAUUCAAGCUUCUUCAGUGGUCCAAGUAGCUGAAGUAGACUGGAUUAAGAUUGUGGCGGGAGAAGAAAUAAGCCUAAUGGAGGGACAGUCAACAUCCAUAGAUCUAAUGGCUGGGAUUAAUGAUGGACAUACUUUUGACUCUAAUCAGUAUGCUUACAUGAACAUUCAUGUGUGGAUUGAGGAUGAUAUAAUUCAACUUGUAGACGAAAAUGAUGCCCCAAAUGUUGGUGUUGGGUACAUAAAUGGACCGAGGUUCACAAUUUUUGCUAAGAAUCUUGGGAUCACAACUCUUUAUGUCAGUACCAAGCAGCUAUCAGGACAUGAAAUACUGAGCCAACCAAUAAAGCUAGAGGUCUAUGAACCAUUGAGAAUUCACCCACAUGAUAUAUUCUUGGCACCAGGUUCAUCUUAUGUGCUUACUGUGAAAGGAGGUCCAACUAUUGGUGUCUAUGUUGAGUUUUCUUCUUUGGAUGGUGGAACAGCAACUGUUGACAGAUCUUCUGGCCAAUUAUCUGCAAUUUCUCCUGGAAACACAACUAUCCUUUCCACAGUUUAUGGGAAUGGAAAUGUUGUGAUUUGUCAAGCAUAUGGCAAUGUUAGGGUUGGAGUUCCUUCUUCUGCAAUAUUGGAUGCACAGAGUGAACAACUUGAUGUUGGUAGUGACAUGCCAAUAUAUCCUUCAUUUCCCGAGGGUGAUCUAUUUGCCUUUUAUGAGCUCUGUAAAGCAUACAAGUGGACUAUAGAUGAUGAGAAGGUCUUGGACUUCUACAAGACUGAAGGCUUAAAUAGUAAAAGUAAUUGGUUCCAAUGGGACGAGGAAGAGCUUGGUUUUAUCAAAGUCUUGCAUGGAAGAUCUGCAGGCAGGACAACUGUUGCAGUCACAUUCUCAUGUGAUUUUGUUUCUACGUCUUACUCAGAGACCAGGCUUUAUAAUGCAUCUACAUCAUUAUUGGUUGUUCCUGAUCUUCCUCUUGCUCUUGGAGUUCCAAUAACAUGGGUUCUUCCCCCGCAUUACAUCACAUCUAGUAUUUUGCCUUUUUCUUUGGAAUCACAUGGCCAAUGGGAUGGCCAGAGUCGCAAAGGCACAAUUACCUAUUCUUUGUUAAGAAGUUGUGAAAAAAAUGAAGUUUGGCAAAAGGAUGCAAUUUCCAUAGAUGGGGAUAGAAUAAAAACAAUGGAGAGCAACAAUCUCGCAUGCAUACAGGCUAAGGAUCGAACCACAGGAAGGAUUGAGAUUGCUUCUUGUGUUAGGGUUGCAGAGGUAGCACAAAUAAGAAUAACAAGUCAAGAGUUUCCAUUCCAUGUAAUUCAUGUUGCUAUUGGCACUGAACUUCAUCUUCCCAUAAGAUAUUUUGAUGCUUUAGGAAAUCCCUUCUAUGAAGCACAUAAUGUUCACUAUCAUGCAGAAACUAACUAUCAUGAUAUUGUCUCCAUCGAUACAAAAAAUGGCAGUGGUACUCUCCAUCUGAAGGCAAUGCGACAUGGUAGAGCUCUUUUACGAGUAUCUUUCAACAGUAAUCCACAGAAGUCUGACUAUAUGCUGAUCUCUGUUGGUGCCCAUAUAUUUCCUCAAAAUGCCAUCCUACAUCAAGGAACUUCACUCGAUUUUGGUGUUGAAGGCAUUAAUGGUCAAGUCUCAGGCCGCUGGCUCAGUGCCAAUAAAAGUGUCAUAUCUGUAGAUAUGCCAUCAGGAAGAGCUGAAACAGUUGGGAUAGGUUCAACCCAAGUAUUUUUUGAAUCUCCAAAUACGAAGUUGGAAACAACAGUUACAGUGGUAUCAGGGAAUAUUGUUUCAGUUGAUGCCCCAAAACAGAUGCUAACAAAUGUUCCUCACCCAACAAAAGGAUAUACCUUCCCUGUGAAGCUAAGUGGCACUUACAAUAAGUUUGAUGCUGUUGGAAAUGCUAAAGAGAUAUCCUAUGAUUGUAAGGUUGAUCCUCCUUUUCUUGGGUAUGCAAAGCCAUGGGUGGAUGCUUCUAGUGGUAAUUCCUAUUGCCUCUUCUUGCCACACUCACCCGAGCAUUUGGUACGUUCAAUGCCAAGAUUGAAGGACAUGAGACCAUAUAUAUCUGUUUCUAUCAAUGCUUCACUGAGAGAAGCUAGCCACGUCUCUGGAUCUGCAUCUGCAGUUUUUAUUGGAGGAUUUUCAAUAUUGGAGAUGGACAAGAGUUUAAUGCAGUUGAAUCUGACGCCAGACUCCAACAAGACUAUCAUAACUGUUUUGGGUAAUACAGAUGUCGAUAUCCAAUGGCAAAACCAGGAUUUGAUAAAGAUCAGCCCCAUCCAUAAAGAAGAUUUUGGGAUUGGCGGUCGUGCUCAGUUUGAGGUGAAAAUGCUUAAAGCCAAGAGAUUGAAGGACAAAAUCAUCAUUUCACUUCCAGCCAACGGUCAGAGAGUAGAAAUAGAUGUUAAUUAUGAACCUGAAGCAGAAGCGGAGUCAAAAACGAUUUUUGGAGGCACCAAUUUUCCGAUCAUAGCUGUAUCUUUUAUCGCAGCGUUAGGAACAAUAUUUCUUGUCAAAAAUUUUGUUAGGACAUCUCACAGAAAUCGGCCAACUCAGCAGCAUACAUUCCCUAGCACUCCUGUUAGGGCACCUCUUACACCUGAGCGCAGUAGUCCAAUUCUGAAUGAACAGUCUCCUCGAACACCUCAACCAUUUGUAGAUUAUGUGAGGAGGACAAUAGACGAAACUCCAUACUACAAGCGAGAAGCUAGGAGGAGAAUUAAUCCACAGAAUACUUGCUAGUGACCAAAAUUUUGUAGACAAUGGGUAUUUGCGGUUUAACCCUCGGAAUUUUUAUCAAAAUUUUGUAGAUAAUGAGUGUCUUGCGAACUUUUGAUAUUGUACGUAAUAGAACACUUGAUAUUGUUUUUCCACAAAAAAAAAAAAAGGAAAUCAGUCAAACUUUCGAUGCAA